AUGCGGACUGCACAGUCAGCCAUCUUCCCCGUCGCGAGAUUCCGGCUACAGCUCAUGGCCAUAGCAGAAUCAUCCGUGCGGUGUUGUUUACACGGCGGGCCAACAUCUACUACCUCGUAUAGCAUGAGAGCGAUUCUCUCCGUGGUGAGCAGCCCUUUGGCGAAAGACCACAUCGAUUUUUUCACUGUCCUUGACACAUCCCACCUCUCUGACUCGGCGACGGCCCACUAG